GACUCGCCUUCUCCUGCCAAAUUAGGCUGUAGUCACGGAAUAAGGCUUAGCAAUAGCAAGCGAGGAUGCCGGAAGGCACGCGUGGGGCCACCCAGCCCAUGAACUAGAGCCGCACGUCCCGCGGGAGUGGAGGCCUGAGGCAAGAGAACGGGCUGAGGUACCGCCGUUGCCAGAGCCAGCAAGGGAGCGCUGUGCCUCCGAGGGGUGGACCUAGGCGCUGGUUCGCGGGGCGGCUGGAGUAAAACUCGAGCGGCGUCCUCCGGCCAGCGCCAGCGUUCGAGACGGCAGCUCGCGGAGUAAAAGGCGGCAGCGGCGGCGCGAAGGAAGGAGAAAUCGAGCGGCUCUUGCGCCGCUGCCCUCAGGAUGUCCGCGCACAGCCUGCUCAACAGCGUCUUCUCGUGCUCUUCCUCGCCGGCGGCUGCCGGCAGUCCUCCACUCUGCUCCAAGAGCUUGUCCAAGCGGGGACUUCGUCAGACCCGCAGUCUGGACCCCGCCGUGAUCGGCCGCUCCGGCGGGGAAGAAGGGACGGCGCUGGAGAGUUCUGGCCGCUCCGUGCGGGCCAAAACGACGAGCGGUCCUUCGGCCGAAUAUUUGGCGGCCUUUUCUUCGCGCGCCCUGCUGCGCCCGCCCGGCGGGGGGCAAAGCGCCUUCUCGCUCUCCGUGCCCAGCACGCCCCUGGACAAGUCGCCCUCGGGCAGUUUCCACUUUGACUAUGAGGGCCCUCGAGGCAAGAGGCUCACGGCGUGGGAGCUGCCUUUCUUGGCGCGCGCGCCCUCAGCCUCGGCUCUCAGCGGCGGGUACGGGGGUAGCGGGGCCAACAGCAUCUUCUUUUCCCCCAGAAAGUGGCUCCAGCAGAGGAAGGGACAGCAUCUGCCCAGCAGUCACGCCUCUUCCUACGUAGUGUGGAAAGCCGAGGGUGAUUUCACUUGGAACAGCAUGUCAGGGCGCAGCGUUCGGCUGAAAUCUGUUCCUAUUCAGAGCCUUUCAGAACUGGAGCGUGCCCGACUACAGGAAGUGGCCUUCUAUCAGUUGCAGCAGGACUGUGAUUUAGGAUGCCAAAUAACCAUUCCUAAAGAUGGGCAAAAGAGGAAGAAAUCAUUGAGAAAGAAACUGGAUUCCCUUGGAAAAGAAAAAAACAAAGAUAAAGAAUUCAUACCCCAGGCUUUUGGAAUGCCUUUAUCACAAGUAAUAGCAAAUGAUCGGGCAUACAAAUUGAAGCAAGAUACUCAUAGAGAAGAACAGAGAGAUGUUUCAGAAUUUGUAACGUCACUUUUACCUUUUGGGAGUAAAAGACAGAACAAAGAACUCUCAAGCAGUAAUUCAUCUCUUAGUUCCACCUCGGAAACACCAAAUGAAUCUACUUCACCCAAUACACCAGAACCAGCCCCCAGGGCACGGAGAAGAGGUGCAAUGUCAGUGGAUUCUAUUACUGAUCUUGAUGAUAGUCAGUCUCGGUUACUAGAAGCUCUACAGUUAUCCUUGCCUGCUGAAGCACAGAACAAGAAAGAAAAAUCCAGGGACAAAAAAUUAAGCCUCAAUCCUAUUUACAGGCAAGUUCCUCGCCUUAUAGAUAGCUGCUGUCAGCAUUUAGAAAAACAUGGUCUCCAGACUGUAGGCAUAUUCCGAGUUGGGAGUUCAAAAAAAAGGGUAAGACAGUUACGUGAAGAGUUUGACCGUGGUGUAGAUGUAGUACUGGAUGAAGAACAAAGCAUUCAUGAUGUAGCAGCUUUACUAAAGGAAUUCCUUCGUGAUAUGCCUGACCCACUCCUGACCAGAGAGCUUUACACUCCUUUUAUCAACAUACUCUUAAUAGACCCCCAUGAACAACUAAACACUCUACAACUUCUAAUUUAUCUUCUACCUCCCUGCAACUGUGACACCUUACAUCGACUCCUUCAGUUCUUAGCUACUGUAGCCAGCCAUGCAGAAGACAGAAAAAAUGAAGAUAGCCAGGAAAUCCCUGGGAACAAAAUGACAUCACUCAACCUAGCCACCAUAUUUGGACCUAAUCUGUUGCACAAGCAGAAGACAACAGACAAAGAAUUUACUGUUCAAAGCACAGCACGUGCUGAGGAGAGUGCUGCCAUUAUUGCUGUUGUACAGAAGAUGAUAGAAAACUAUGAAAUGCUCUUUAUGGUCCCAGCAGACCUUCAAAACGAAGUUCUAAUUAGUCUGCUUGAGACUGAUCCAGAUGUUGUAGACUAUUUGCUGAGAAGGAAAGCUUCCCAGUUAUCAAGCCCUGAAAUGCUUCAGUCUGAAAGAUCAUUCUCCAUAGAAGGUAGACAUUCAUCCAUAGACUCAAACCGAACCUCAAGUGGCGAUAUAUCACCAUAUGACAACAACUCUCCAGUGCUGUCUGAAAGAUCUGUUUUGGCAAUGCAAGAAGAUAUGUCCCUUACUUCUGAUAAGUUACAUAAAGUACCAGAACAGAGCACAUUAGAUGUGUCAGACGACUAUUUCAGCAUCUGGGGCACCUGGCAUUCAACUCUAAAAAGUGGUUCCAAAGGGCUGGGAAUGACAGGGUCAUAUGGAGACAUCUAUGAGAGCAGCUCCUUGCGGCCAGGGCAGUGUUCCCUUUCUCAAGGGAGCCUAUCAUUGUCUUCUCAGUGGCAAGAAAACAAUACAGAGCUAGACAAUGAAAAACAAGUCAUCCGGAGGAGUCAGACAACAACUGCCCUUCCUGGUUGCCAUUCGCAUCCCCCUCUGUCUCAAGUGUACAGCACCCCACAGAUUGAAGUAGGUAGAAAGAAUUCCAGCCAGUCCAAUUCACCUGUAAGAUAUACAGAGAACUUGAUGGAGCAUGACUCAGAUGCAACUUGUCCACAUGCUACAUUUAAGCCAUCAUCUCUAAGGCAAGCUGAAGUAAUUCGAAAAGACAGACCACCACCUCCUUACCCUGAAACAGCAAAACAAAGCAGCUUAUCAUCCCUCCAGCCAGCAGUGUCUUCUACAGGGUAUCCAUUGUGGAAGCUUCAGAAGACAGACUUGUCUGGGGCCCAGGGAAUGAGGAUCAUGACUCAGGUGCCUGAACAACCUAUCCAGCAUGAGGAGCAACAGAACCAAAAUGAAAGAAAGUACUCCUUUCCAGACAGUGAGCAGAACAGUAAAAAUUUGUCAGAGACAGACUGGCACGGGUGGCAAAGCGAUCGAUGGCAAAUUUGGGAGAUUUUAUCACCUGAUAAUCCAGAUGCACUCCCUGAAACUUUAGUAUGAGUGAAGAAAUCAGCAGGUCUUUUCCAAGUAGGGAAAACGGUGGACUGGAUUUAUACUGAAUUAUUUUUUAAAGAUACGUUUACUUUAUGGAGUAUUUUAAAAUUAAAUUUAUUAAAAGAAUUUUUAUAGCCGUGUAAAAUUUAGGGACACGUUUUUGGGAUUUUGUAGAAGGAAAUGUGAGGUGGCAAUUUCAGUCCAAACUACUCUGUAAAAUAUAAGCUAUGUACACAAUAAAAAUGACCCUCUUGGUGUUGCUAAGAUACAUUUAUGUAUCUGCAGCUCAAAUGACUGUAUAUUAUGCAGAUGUUUUGUGUACAAUAGCAUUGUGUUUAUAUGCAAAAAAUAAUCUUGAAUGCUUUUUUGAAAUUAUAUUUUAAUCAUGCACUACUAUUAAUAUACAAUAUAUUGAUAUCGUUGGAAAUGCACAAACUGGUUUCUGUGCUUUUAAGUAAUCUGUGAAAGACAUAUAUUUUCACUGACAAAUAAGGUGGAAUGAGAACAUUAAAAGCCAUAUAUUUUAUAAUAAGGAAGUUAAAGAAUAUCUAAUAUACUAUUUGCUUGCAAGGAAAAAUUAAUGAACAUAUAUUUUUAUUCUUUUAGAUAGCAAUUCCAAUCACCUCUUCAUAAUUAUGUCCAUGUCUACACCAUAUACAAAGAUUCUUCUACCCAUUCCACAUUAGGCUUAUAAAAAUUUGGCAUGGGUGAGGAAGUACAGGAGAGGGUGUUUAUUAAGUUAUGUUAAGACUACGUGACAGACCCUUUGGAAUUUUCAAUAUUUCUGGAUAAAUAUGAACUAAAAUGUGAUCUGCUUUCACAAGUCCUAAAACUAGAUAAAAAGAACCCAAUUAAAUAAAUGACCCCAAAACCCUAACCUUUAUAUAUUUAUUAAGGAAAAUUAUUCAAAGCUAUAUAUUUGUGUAUUGUAAAACUAAGUGAACUUUUGUGUUUCAGUAAAUUGGGUGCCCCUGUUGGAGAACAAAAACAGCAACUAAAUGUUUCCAAUAACUGUUGAUCCUGCAUUGGCUUGGAGGAAUUCUAGCUCAUUCCUCCUUAGAGAAUACCUUUAGCUCAAGGAUGGUAAGCUUCUUUGCAUAAAUAGUCCAGUCAGGUUCUUCCACAACCCUUCCAUAGAAUUACAGUCAGGAAUUUGACUUAGCCAUUCCAAUCUUUAACUUUCUUUUUUAACCAUUCUUUGUUUCUACAACUUGAGUAUUUGUGGUCAUUAUCUUGCUGCAUGACCCAUUGUUUCUGAGCUUCAGUUUAUGGACAAUAUCCUCCUAUUUUCCUGAAGAAUUUGCUGAUACAAUUCAGAAUUCCAUCAGUGAUGGUACACUAUCUUGGUCCAUAAGGUACAAAGGAGGCUCAAAUCAUGAUACUGCCACUAUUAUGAUUUACAGAUAAGUUUCUUACAUUAUAACAAUAAUAAUAGUAUUUGCCAAACAUAAUGCUUUUCAAUCAAGCCCAAAAGUUCUAUUUUGGUCUCACCAUUCCAUAAAACAUUCUUUCAAUAGACUUCUGGCUUAUCUACCCUGUUUCCCCCAAAAUAAGACAUCCCCUGAUAAUAAGCCCAAUCGGGCUUUUGAGCGCAUGGCAAUAAGGCCAAGCGCUUAUUUCAUGGUUCAAAAAAAUAUAAGACGGGGUCUUAUUUUCGGGGAAACACGGUAUGUGUCUUUUGCAAAUUUUAGAUAGCAAUAGCACUUAGAUCAGGAGUGUCAAACUCAAGGCCUGCAGGCCAGAUCUGGUCUGCGGGAUGCUUAGAUCUGGCCCAUGGGGCCACCCUGGAAACAGCGAAGGACCAGCUUGCGGUGCCUCUGCCAGCAAAAACAGAGCUUGGGAGGGCCACGCACAGCCUGCCUGGGCUCCAUUUUCAGCUACAACAGCCUCCUGCAGCCCUCUGCCAGCAAAAAUGGAGGUCAGAUAGGCCGACCUCCGUUUUCGCUGGCAGAGGGCUGCAGGAGCCAUCACGGUUGAAAACAGUAAUGUUGAGUUGGUCACGCUCACCCUGGCCAUACCCACGCCCCCCGAAGUCAAACACAACCCUGAUGCGGCCCUCAAUGAAAUCGAAUUUGACACCUCUGACCUAUAUAUUGCUUCUCAGCCCUCUCUAAGUGGUUUAUAGAGUCAGCAUAUUGCCCCCAACAAUUUGGAUCCUCAUCUUACCAACCUCAGAAGGAUGGAAGGCUGAAUCAACCUUCAGCUGGUGAGAAUCGAACUGCCAAACUGCAGUCAGCCAGCAGUCAGCAGAAGGAGCCUGCAGUACUGCAUUUUAACCACUGCACUACCAUGGCUCGAUGAGAUGAGCAGCAAUGUCAGCUUUGUUUUUUAUAUCUCUCCCUUGUAUGAGUAAUGAUAACUUACCCAUAACUUCUACAUACCCAUAAUCGUGUACUGUAAAUAAGGAAGGACCUCCCACACUCACACUUGAUUAUCAUCCCAUGGAUUGAAACACCUGGUUCUUAAUUUCCCCAUCAAAUGAACAUAUAAUUCUAAAGGUUCAUAUACAUAUUUUGAAUCAUUCUCCAAUAAACAAAUGAACAAGUAUAAUACUUUGACUCAUUCAUUUAAUUGUGUUCUUUUACCUACAGUAGUUUUAGGAUUUGGAAAAUGUUUUAGGACAUAUCUAUGCAGAAAUAUUAAAAAUUCAGAAGAGUUCACAAACUUUUAAGCACCACUGUACUGUAUGUUUUUAUAUGUAUUCAUUGGACCUGGCAUUCUGGCAAUUAACUAAAAUAUUUUCCUUUUUAAACCAACACAGUUUUCAGUAUUCACAAUUCCUAAAAUAUUGACAAAAUUCCACAAGAUGAUUCCAGUGCAAUGUUGUAUUUGUUAAAUGUUAAUAUUCUGUGGUUUUAAAAGUUUUAUUAUCAUUCAGCAUGGGAAAGGUCCACCUAUUACAUUCUUUUAUUAUAAAAAUGCUUUCCUUAAAUUUCAGUGGAAUUUUAUCUAGUGGUGUCUUUUAACUUAUAUCUUGUGCAAUAGAAUAAAAGUCUUGCAGAAAACUUUGUUUCUAUUUAUUGAGUAAACAUUUUGUGCAUAUAAUCCAUGAAAAGUAAGCACUGUAAACAGUAGCACAUAAUUGCUAUUUGAAGGGUUGAAGUAAUUGAAAGUUUUCACUUAAGGGACCAUUUCAUUGGAAACUCCAUGUGUAGGUGUUUCCAUGUGAAGAGCAGAAUAGAGAACUGGCAUGCUUCUUUCUAUUUACUAAAUGGGCAUGAACUGAUCUCUUUGGGCUCUUGCUUUCUGUUUCCAAAACAAUAAAGUUAUAAAUAAACUAAAGUUAUAGAAUAAUUACAUGCAUCCAUAAUGCAUCAUCACACCUCAAAAAUUUGCAGCAUCAAAUAAGUAAUUAGGAAUUCUGUUUCAAGCCUCAUCCAGCCAAGUGAGAUCUGUAUCCUUGUAAGCACAAUUAGUUCUAUUUUACAAUUCCAUACCAGCAAUGGAAAUAGGCAUGCUGUGAAUGGGUGUAAUUAAACUCUUCAGAGAUAAGGUUGGGAAUUACCUAUUUUGUGAAGUGCAGAUUUGCAGCUAUAUCAAUGUGACUGAAAUGUGUCCAGUCAACAAAUUCCAAGGUGUUAUUUCACAUGCCCAGAUGUGCCUGCAAUUCUUUAUUAAAACUAGAAAGAGGCCUGAGUUUAUUAGAAACCUGACAUUUGAGAUCACAGUAGUCUUUUGGAAAAUCCUUUAGAUUAUUUGGCUCAUAUAAUAACUUUAUGCCAUUAUGGUCAAUUGAAAUAGAAUCCAAUUUAAGAUUCUGAACUUUCCAUACAAUAUCUUGUCUUGGAUAUAAAAUAGCUCAGUCAGAAAUAAAGCAUCAGAUUAUAGGUAAUAACAGUUUGUUCAAUGACAAGUGACAAUGGUGAUGAAGUGACAAUAGUGAUGAAGUGACAAUGGUGAUGAAAAAGAAGAUUUAUAAUCAAUUUGUGAAUUUGCAGCUAUCGCAGCAUCCCACAAUCAUGAUCACAAUUUGGAUGCUUAACAAUCAGUGCAUUUAUGAUGGUUGCAGCAUCUUUCACAUGAUCACCAUUUAUGUCCUUCACAUGGCUGUGAUUUGUGAUUUUUUGCCAGCUUCCCCAUUAACUUUGCUUGGCUCCCAACAAGCAAAGUCAAUGUGGAAGCUGGCAGGAAAUCACAAGUCACAGCUAUAUGACAUUGUGUUUAAUGACUGCAGUUGGAACUGACAUAAGUGGGGCAUUAUUGUGUGAUGAUUCACUUUUUAACCACAUUGCUUAGCAGUGGAGUUACCAGUCCCAAUUGUGAUUAGUAAGGAAGACUACCUGUAUUGACCUAGAUUUACAAAAGGAUCUAAGCUUUGUUCCACAAAUACUACAGUUAAUGAAUACAAGGGAGAGCAAUUCACAGGAACCAUUUUUUUGUCUGACACAAAAGAGUUUUGUUUUCUUUCAGGCUUUAUAGAAAGUAAAUUCCAUAGCCUUCAAGACAAGGUCAUUUAAACUUAAAUUCUUUAGAAAUAAUCAAAUUCACAAUAUUUUAUUUGCUGCUCCUUUCAUAUAAAUAAAGAUCUAAUGAUACUUAUUUUAACUCCAGCAUAUACAUUUGAACUUGUUUUCUCCCACUUAGGAGACACUUCAAAAAUGACUUCCAGAAGCUAAAUUUCAGUCCAUUGCUAUUGUUGUUAGUUGUAAAAUGGAUGCGUCACUCCUGUUUAAAAUUUAAGGGCCCAGGUAGAAUUUUAUUUUUUUGUUACGGUUUUGGAGUUUGUUUAAAGUUUAGUGGCAGCAAAUAAUUUUAUAUUUAUUAUUUAUGCCUGUCUCCUUACAGCUAUCACUUCAGUAAUCAAAAGUUUAAAACCCUUUACUGUACCUGUAUUUAAUAAUAGUUAUUUGUUUUGAUAAUUCUUGCAUUAGUCUUAGGUAUUUUUAGUGGUUUUCAUAUUUUGUCCAUUAUGUUUUACUUAAUUAUUGUAAAAAUGUACUAUUAUAAGAAAAUAUUCUGAUUGAAAUCCAAACUUUUUGUUGCAAAAGCUUGACACUUAUUUUCAUCUUUCUAAAUAUUUUUAUUUAUUUAUUAAGUUUUUUUGCUGCCCAUCUCACCAUGAGGUGACUCUGGGUAGUUUAUAUUGUUUAUUGUCUUAAUUUCAGAGAUGGAAUUAAGAGGCUAAGAAUCUGUUUUCAAAGUAUCUCACUUAAAAUAGAUUGCUAAGAAAGGCUUCCUUUUUUCCCUUCAUUUAAUGAUUUCCUGCUAUACUAUAGAUGUUAUACAGCAGCAUUGAGCCUAAGGAUUGAUUGUCUUCAACCAAUGAGCAGAUUACAGGUAGAACUCACUUAGUGACAACUCCUUCGAUGACAUAAAUUAAAACAGUACUGAGCAACUUUGUUAUAGAGAUAUCCUUAAAGCUUAUGUACUUGUGUUUCAGGUUAAGAUUAAAAAAAAAAUUGUGUUUUAUAUUAUGUAAUGGAUAACAUCAGUAGUCUGAAUAAAACAUGGUUGAGCUGA